CUUCAACAUCACAUACGCACGUUUAGUAUCGAAUCACCCAUUCUCGAGUAUUGCCUUCUUCCUUAUUUCUGAACCCAAUGGAUCCAUCCGAUAAGUUCGAUUAUCAAGACUUGUUUGGUUCCGACAUGGAUCUGGAUGCCAAUGACACGGGAUCCUCCUCCGGCAUCACCGGUGACCUGGUCUCUCGGGCUGGUACCGACGAGAACCAACAUGUUGGACAACCUGGACAGACAGUUCCGGUCCCCGGAGAAGCUGACCGCUACCAUAGCCAGGCCGCGAACACUGACCCCAUAAUGCCUUCUCCGAUGCUUCCCAACACAAAUUACAAUACCGGAUACAUGCUAUCUAACCAACCGUCAACCGCCAACCACUUCCCCCUCGACCCUACAUCCACGUCUGCUGCCAACAGCGGCAUAAAUCACCUCCACGAAGCUCCAACCUCUGCCUCCCCCCCUCCCCCUCUGCCUCCGCCUCCGCGGCCACAGCUAGCCAACCCAAUACCAAUCAACAGCCCCAAUACACAUACCGCUCCGGCUCUUUCUUCAUUUGUAGCCCCUGUGGUUAUAAAACCUUGGAUGAAUCGGUAUUCACGCGCCACUGCAACACACGAAAACACCAGAAAAAUACGUCUACCGAGGACAGCGGUGCGAAGCGCUUCCAUUGCCCCUACCCGAGCUGCAAGUAUGCAGAGAAUAGCGGGAGGAACUUCACUCGGAAGGAUCAUCUUAGAGACCACAUUAAAAGAUUUCAUGAGAGCGAGAUGGAUGGGUGAGCUUGUACGCACAAAUGGAGAGUUCUCAUUGGCCGACAAAGAAAAGGCACGACAUUAUGGAGGGAGGUUCACCAACUGAAUCAGAAAAGGACACUCAAGUGUCUCGAAGCCUAUAUGUAGGGUGGAACGGAGGAUGAUUGGCGGUGGUAGGAAAUGAGGCCGGGAGGAUACACACAAGACUUUGAAGAGCCAUGGAAGACCCGCGGCGUUGAUUCAUUACUCCAUCGAAAUGAGGUGGAAGAUGCCUUGUUCUAUAUCUAUAUCUUGCGGAUAUGUUGCUUGGCUCCAUAGUGUACCUAUGGAACAGAAGGUGUUUGUCGACUCUAACAACUCUAUAUCCGGCAACCGACCACCAAUCCCCAUUGACCGACAUGCAAAUUGGGUGUGAUGCGAAUGAAUAAAGACCAGCAAAGAUUAAACUAAUGAUUAAGAAUUCCUCG